AUGUCUGCCUUUGCUCACGCAUACCUUUCCGACACGUGGAACCGUGACAAGGUCAUGGCAAUUGUGCAGUUUCUUCCGAUGGCGCUGGAGGGUCCUGUUCGAAAUGCCGGUUGUGAUUCCCUUGCCGUAUCUCUGGGCAAUUUGUCAAAGAUGGCGGACGCGUAUCGUGCGGUCACCCGUUUGUCUCUGGUGUUAAACGCACUUUCGUCCAAGACGUUGACGGCUCUGGCGAAGCCAGGGGAAGAUGCCUUUGUUCGUCGUCUUGAUCAGGUUUCACACGCGUUCCACAUCGGCUUCUGCCUCAACGAGCACACGGCGGUGCUUGCGGGGCGGGGAGUGUUUAAUUCCGGGCUGGCACGCCUGGGUGGUGUCGCUGUGCUUUGCUGGUUUUACACGCUUGUCGUGGGUUUGGUCCGGCAGGUGUACCUGCUGGCGAAACACAGCCCCAAUGGUCCCUGCAAGGUUCUGAUGCCGGGGGAUGCAAAUGACACGAAGGUUGUUCCAUACACGCACGAGGAGUGCAAGCGUGCUGUGGUGAACCUGGUGAAGCUGAGCCUUUUUACCGUAUUUUCAAUGACGUGUCUGCCUGAUGGCAAGCCCCAGCUGCUGCAGGAGCCAUGCAGCUUCUUGAUGCCCUUGCACCAGUUGGUCAGAGCGCUUGCACCAAACAAGCUGAACCUGAGUGACACUGUGCGUGGUCUCUUUGCCGUCACCGCAUCGCUAUGCGAUUUCUAUUAA